AGGAAAGGACUACGGUCUCACUGUGCGGAAAAACAACCAAACAAAAGAUUUGAAAAAUAAUUAGCAGCUGCAUUAGCUCAGUAGUUUUCUUUGUUGCAAGUUCAGCGCGCACUUUCUUCUGCUCUCAGAACAAUUAUCUCGAAUCGUGCGCUUCGAUUACAAACGGAGUUUUUGAAAACCAGUUUUUGCAGCGUCUUUUUGUGACUCAUCAGUUUCCGCAGGCUCGCAAGGAAGGAAUUUCGCCAUGGCCGCCAGCAACAACAGCGAGUCCGCCGAUCAGGUUGGCAUACGUGUGGAUAAUGCAGAGAAUCAGGACGACCACACCGAUGCCCUGGGCUCCUCGGGAGGCAGUGCAGGUGUAGCCACCGCAUCCUCGCACAAUCCGUAUGGAACAGGAGCCAUCGGGCAGCUGGCCAAUGGCUACAGCUCACCCUCGAUGAGCUACAGGAAGAAUGUGGCAAAGAUGGUCACAGAUCGGCAUGCUGCCGAGUACAAUAUGCGACACAAGAACCGCGGCAUGGCUUUGAUCUUCAAUCACGAGCACUUCGAGGUGCCCACCUUGAAGUCGCGGGCUGGAACCAACGUGGACUGCGAGAACCUGACGCGCGUGCUCAAGCAGCUGGACUUCGAGGUCACUGUGUACAAGGACUGUCGGUACAAGGACAUACUGCGCACCAUUGAGUACGCAGCUUCGCAGAAUCACAGUGACAGCGACUGCAUCCUGGUGGCCAUUCUAUCACACGGUGAGAUGGGCUACAUCUAUGCCAAGGACACACAGUACAAGCUAGAGAAUAUCUGGAGCUUCUUCACCGCCAACCACUGCCCCACUCUGGCCGGCAAGCCCAAGCUGUUCUUUAUCCAGGCCUGCCAGGGAGAUCGUUUGGACGGCGGAGUGACCAUGCAACGCAGCCACACCGAAACCGAUGGCGACUCCUCAAUGAGCUACAAGAUACCCGUGCACGCGGACUUUCUCAUCGCCUACUCCACGGUUCCUGGAUUCUAUUCGUGGCGGAACACCACCCGCGGCAGCUGGUUCAUGCAGAGUCUGUGCGCCGAGUUGGCAGCGAAUGGCAAGCGCCUUGACAUCCUUACCCUGCUGACCUUCGUGUGCCAGCGUGUGGCCGUCGACUUUGAGUCCUGCACCCCCGACACCCCAGAGAUGCAUCAGCAGAAGCAGAUCCCUUGCAUAACCACCAUGCUGACGCGCAUUCUGCACUUCACCGACAAGCAGCUAGUACCGGCGGGACGGGUUUGAUAGCUACUGGACUGGAUGGUGAGCUGGCUGCGGAGAGGUGUGUGAUAAGCGGAGGAAAGCCAAGUCGCAAUUUAGAUACAACUACCAAACGUAACUACGCUGGUUAUCGGCGCUAAUGGCGCAUAUUUUUAUAAAACCCCCAUUUUUUCCCUUGGCCAGGAAUGAGAGCCAUUGACCAUUAAGUUUAUUUAAGCACAAUGUAUCUUUUAAUUGGCAUUUAUUGCUUGCCGUUCGCCUGUAUGUCUCUAUUGGGGCGUGGUUUCCUUUAUGUAAACAAGAAAUCUCAGGGGCGAAAGCAGUACCUUGCAGGAAUUCCCUGAUAUUUUGGCUUAAAAACUGCCAUUUACAUAUACUUAAAUUAUAAUAUAUUUUAUAUUUAUAUUUAUUAUUUAUAAAUAUAAAUAUAAAAUAUAUUAUAAUCAUAAUACAUUUUAUAUUUAUACUUGGGCAUUUAUAUUUAAUGUUUUUAUUAUUAUGCAUGCGAUCUCGAGUUUCAAAAUUAUUAUUUUAAACAAAUCUAAGCCAAAAUUGCCUGGCAGCUCAUAUAAAACAUUCGCCCCUGCUAAUUCUUGAUCAGGAAUAUGGGAACCACCUCGUAUAUACAUUUCUACGAUAGCCGGACAUCCCCUCUUUCACAAAUUUUAUACGCAUAAAUAUAUAUAGGUGUAUAUUAUUAAGCAUCUGUGUCAUGAUCGCGUCCAAAACCAACAUACAAACAAUUUUAGCCUGUACUCGAAAGUUUUAUGAACAACAUAUACUAUCUCUUUAUACGAUUUGUACUCUUAUAUAAUAUACACAUUAGCAAAUGUUUUCAUUUCAAGUUUUUCCGCUAAUAAAAACGAUCGAAAA